AUGGCAGAUGAUUUAGAUGAUGAUGGCGGGAUUAAUUGCUCGGUUGAUGAGAGAGAUGAGUUGCCUCAGAAUACUGAUCAGCAGAUUGAGCAAAAUGAGCCUAAAAUUGGGAUGGAGUUUAAUAAUCCAGAUGAAUUGUUUGAGUUCUACAGAGACUAUGCAAAGAGCAGUGGAUUUCCAGUUAAGAAACAUACAAGAAGGAAGAAUGUAAUAGGCAUUGUUAGAAGUAUAACUUUAGUAUGUGGUCAAGCUGGCAAACAUAAUAGUACUUGUCAAAAUCCUUUAAAACCACAAGCAAGCUACAGAGUUGGGUGUAAUGCGAAGAUAACAGCUAGGUUAAAUCUGGACGGAAGAUGGGAAAUAUCUGUGGUUGUUCUGGAGCAUAAUCAUGGCCUUAGCCCUACUAAAAGUCGUUUCUUUCGAUGCAACCGAAGAAUUAGUGCACAUGUUAGACAUCAAAUUAAUUUGAAUGAUCAAGCCGGAAUCAGAAUCAACAAAAAUUUUAGCUCACUGGCACAUGAUGCUGGUGGAUAUGAGAAUCUGUUGUGUGAUGAAAAGGCUUGCAGGAACUUGGUUGAUGAAUCAAGGCGUUUACGUCUCGACGAAGGUGAUGCUUCAACGAUUAUGAAAUAUUUUUCAAGGAUGGUUGCAGAAAAUUCAGAUGGUAGGAGCAGAGAAGCUUACAAAGAGUUUGGUGAGGUCGUCACUUUUGAUACCACAUACUUAACAAAUAAGUAUGAUAUGUCAUUUGCACCAUUUGUUGGCGUUAACCAUCAUGGGCAAUCAAUUUUACUUGGAUUCCUUAAUCAUGAUGAUCUCAAGACAAUAACAACCACCAUGAAAUCAAUGCUGAUGCUCCAAGGCUCGACAACCUCCUCAAUCAUGAUGGCUCCUACUGCUUUUGUUACUGAUGUUAUUGUUCUGUUCUGA